UGAACCUUAUCUAGUUCACAUUUUCACAUUUAUUUCUUUGAACUCGCAUCUACGUUAUUUUAUUCAAUGAGAGCGGUCCCUUGUCCUGUUAGUUUCAUAGGUCAUUGAAUUCGACUGAGUGUUCCACUCAGGGGAAAAAAAUUUUGAAAAUUGCAAAAAAUUUCUUUAAAAAAGAAAAAGAGAAUUGAAGUACCUCAAAUAUGAUUUAAUCCAACCUUACUAUUCAGCUAAUUUUUUAAUUGAAGAGAGUUAGGUUAAAGCACUUCGUUCAGUUUCAUGAAUAAUCAUUUUUGGAAUGAAGAAUGAAUAUCAGUCAAUCAUAUCUUUCGUCAAGUUUGUGAUUCGUACUUAUUGUUGUUGUUUAUUUAAUAUCCUCUUUCUUCUAAUUGUGUUGUAAUAUUUUCUUAGGUAUGGAUACUUCAGAGAUGCAGCAAUAUAAAUAUUCUAUUAAAUAUGCUUAUAAAGCGCAUGACUGUGACGUACGAGUAGUUAAAGCCGCAGCUUUUUCCGAUAGUGGUAUUAUUACCGGUUCCCGUGAUUCAUUAGUUAAAGUUUGGACUUCAGAUGGGGAGAAUUCUUUCAAGAAAGAGUGCACCUUAGUUGGAGCUACAAACUUUAUUGCUAGUUUAUGUAUACUUCCUUCUAGUUCUGAUUAUCCUGAUGGUUUGAUAUUAGCUGGAAGUAAUGAUUCGAAAAUAUAUGGAUUUACUUUUAAUUCCAGUGAGCCUGUAUUACGAUUGUUUGGGCAUUCAAGUACAGUUUGUUCAUUGUCAGCGGGGAAUUUUGGAUUUUUUGUCAGUGGUUCGUGGGACAAAACAGCUCGCUUGUGGACUGGUCAACAGUGUACUAAUAUAUUAGAAGGUCAUGACCAAGCAGUUUGGGCUACCGAAGUUUUGCCCUGUCAAAAUAUUGUAUUGACGGGAUCAGCUGAUCGUACCAUUCGUAUAUGGCAUUCAGGUACUUGUCAGAAAGUUCUCUAUGGCCAUGAAGAUUGUGUUCGUGGACUUGCUAUCAUGUCAAACAUGAAUUUUCUUUCCUGUAGCAAUGACGGCUCCAUACGGAUGUGGAAUUUAAAUGGAGAGUGCUUAAAUAUUUAUAAUGGCUCUUCUAACUAUAUCUACAGUAUUACUAUUUUCAAUAAUGGAGUUGAUUUUGCAACAUGUGGUGAAGAUCAGAUUUUAAAAAUAUGGGAAAAGGGACACUGUGUCCAAGCUAUUGCAAUUACAUCAAAAACUUUGUGGUCCGUGACGUGCUUAACGAAUGGAGAUUUAGCCGUCGGUUGCAGUGAUGGAAGUGUUUAUAUUAUAGGUAAAACACCUCUAGAUUAUACAGAGUUUACCUACGUCGAAGAAAAACGAUCCGAUUCGCCUCUUCCGACCGUCGACGGCAAGCCGGGUGACGAGAUUCCGGCCGAAUUGUUCAAUAAAGAUCCUCCGUUGGAUAAUGGCGGGGAUUGCAACAAUGACAAUAUAGAAUUUUUAAUUGAGGUUAAAGGUCAGUUUUUCAAAGUUAUUUAUCGCAAAGGAGAAGACCCUUGGGAUGUAGCGCAGAAAUUUGUGGCUGAGCAUUCCUUGGCUAUAAGUCAUACCAGUGAAAUAGCCGAUUACAUAUUCAAACUGACCGCUUCAGAACUAAAUACUGUUCAAAAUGAUUACUUCCCAGUAAAGGAGUAUUUUCUGUAUACAAAUAUAAAUGCAAAUGGGUUAAAAGCGAAGUUACUUGAAUUCAGUUCUGUUGUUCCUAAGGAACAGUUUGUUCAGUCGUCAGACAUUGAAAAUCUUGCCUUAUUGACCAAAUUGCCUGAUGAUGUUUCCAAAGAACAAUUGCAGUCUUUAGAUGUCAUCUUGACUUGGAGUGAUGAGUAUCUUUUUCCAGCUUUGGAUUUGCUUCGUCUUGCCGUCAGGUGCAAGGUCAUUCGUUUGAAGGUCGUCAGUGGUCAGACGUUCAUCAAUCAUCUACUGCAAAUAAUACGAAGCACAAAUAAAUCUGUUAAUAAACUGCUGGUUAUCAAAAUAUUCUGCAAUUUGUUUGAUUCUGAAGAAGGAGAAGAAGUUGUGAUGAAUUUUCAAGAUAAAAUCUGCACGACUGUUAAAGAAGUGCUACUGUCUAAUGACAAGAAUAUUCAGAAAGCUUGUGCAUCGUUGUUAAUGAACUAUGCAAUUGCAGGAUAUAAUGGAAGACCUCUUAAUGUGGAACAUUAUUGUAGAGAUGUCAGUGAAGUUUUGUACAUAUUAGUCGACUCGGAAGCUUUGUAUCGAGCCUUAGUCGGUAUCGGAACUCUGUCUGUAUCCAAUAAGAUUGCCUUAUCUUCUUUUAAGACUUUAAAUGUUCAGCAGUUUCUGUUGAAAUGUAAAGAAGAUGUCGAUCUACCGGCAAAUGUGACGAAUGCUGCAAAACUUUUAAUAGAUGUUUUAAAAUCUUAAACUGAUUGAUGUGAUAAAAAUUUCGAAUAAUGCUUAUGUUGUAAAGUUUAUAAAUAUACUUAUGGGUUUAAUUAUAAAAACUUCUUUCACCAUUGAACAAAGUAAUUUUUGCAUUUAUUCUUGUCUCACAAAAUAUUGUAUGCAAUUUUUUUUUUAUGUAGGUAAGAAUAAAUGAACUGAAGGUAUGUUAUAAAAUAAAUUGUGAAUAUUUUUUUCGAUAAGGAACUGAUGGUAACUUUGGCUUAGGAACAGUUUAUUGAGAAAUUAUUUCGAUUUCAAUUUUUAUUCAUAUAUAUUGCAUACUAUUUUUUUUUAAGUCUUGUAAUUUAUUUUUUUUUUCUAAUUUUUAUCACAUUUUUGUACUGAUAUUUCUGCUAGAAAUACUAUUUCUUAAGACAACUGAAUGACAUCCAAAUUUCUUUUAAAAUGCUAAGCUUUCAUUGUGAUGGAGCUACCUACCUCCCUUCACUCUUUUAAUUUUUUAAAACUUUUUUUUUAUUUAUAUAUAUAUUUGAUAUGUAUGUUGAUUAAAUAAUUAUAAGUAGCUCCCCAGGCCACCAAUAGAUAUAAGGGAAUGGUGUGUUUUGAUUUUCGGUUUCUCGUUCUUGUCACAUGAUAGCAUAUUUUAUCUUAACUGUAACAUUACACAUUCUCUGUAUAGUAAAUUUUCAUACAAGUUUAAUUUAUUAACUUUAAAAAUAAAAAAAUUAAUAGAGACACCUAAGUAGACUAGCAAAAAUGUGUGCAGUUGUAUCAUACCUUUGAAUUACCUGUCCUUUGGACCAGUUAUUAAGUUUCCUUUAUUUCAAACCUUGUAAAACUAAUAAAAUGAUACAUGUUAUGUCCUCUAACUUAAUCUAUUUUUAAAAAAUAUCUGUUCCCUGUCCUCCGAAAAACCUACACCUACAGUUCCCAUCGUGUCGUACAUUUGAAUAAUACCCAGUCCCUGAUGUCCUAUAACAGGGGUCUGUCCACACCAAAUUUACUACCGUUUGGCCGUACCGUCAAAAAUUCAACUUUAGGAAAUCACAAAAAACUUUUUCUUUAAAAAAAAAUUUUUUGCCCUGUAAGAAACUAUAAAUUCAUAUUUUUGUGCUGAUUUCUUAAUUUAAUUUUUCACAAAUUAUGUCUAAAUUUUCACAAAAUGGUUACCUCUCAGAAAAACCCAGACAGACCCCUGUAUAAUAAAGACCCAUGAUGAUAAUUAAGUAACCUUUUAAUAAAUGAAAAUAUAUCCAUAAUAAGUAAUUG